UCUCGCGAGGUCUUCCAGACACGCUUUCUCCUCCCUCCAGCGUGAUUGGUCGGGAUGUCUUUACUGUACUGUGUGGCUGCACUGAAUUCAGUUAGCCUUUGGAAAUGGCCACAGUAAAGCAAAACGAAUCGAAAGUUUUCUCCUCAGAGGAAAAUAAGGAAAACUCACUGGGCGGAGGAAUUGGACUUGAAAUCUUGCAAAUCAUCAAGGAGUCCCAGCAGCUGCAUGGUCUCAGACACGGAGACUACCAAAGAUAUAGAGGUUACUGUUCUCGUAGACUGCGUCGUCUACGUAAGGCUCUUGGAUUCAAGAUGGGGAACCGGCACAAGUUUGUUGGGAAAAAAAUAACUGUGGAAAUGCUUUCAGACAGCAGAUAUUUGUUGCUGGUUUUGAUGGAAGCGGAGCGUGCAUGGAGUUACGCAAUGCAGUUGAAGCAAGAGGCCAACACAGAGCCUCGUAAACGUUUCCAUCUGCUGGCCCGGCUCCGCAAAGCUGCCAAGCACAGUGAGAAGCUGGAAAAGCUGUGUGAGAGUCCCCGUGUUGAUGCCAAGACAAAAUUGGAAGCACAGGCCUAUACAUCAUACCUGACUGGCAUGGUAGAAUUUGAACUUCAGGAGUGGAAAUGUGCUAUGGAGGCCUUCAACAAGUGCAAGACUAUCUAUGAGAAGCUGGCGAGUGCAUUCACUGAGGAUCUGGAAGCGCUCUAUCGCCAGCGUGUAGACGAGAUAUCGCCUAACAUCCGAUACUGUGCUUAUAAUAUAGGGGACCAGAAUGCCAUCAAUGACUUAAUGCAGAUGAGACUGACUGGUGGAGGUGGAGGCAUGAUGGCUGAGAAACUAGAGACCUUGAUUACUCAGGCCAGAACCAAGCAGGCAGCCACCAUGAGCGAGGUGGAGUGGCGUGGCAGGAGUGUGCCUGUCAAGAUCGACAAGGCCCGCAUCUUCCUGUUGGGUCUAGCAGACAACGAGGCCGCCAUUGCUCAGGCAGCCAAUGAGGACACCAAAGAGCAUCUGUAUGAGACCCUGCUGGCCGAGUGCCGCGACACCAUCCAAGCAGUCCGAGAGGAGCUCAAGGCUGAGGCGAAACAGCGAGAAAGGAGCUCUGAUGGUGAGAAUGGGAAAGUAUCUAACAUGCAGUUCCUGCACAGCUACCUGAGCUACAUCAAGCUGUGCACGCUGGUGAAGCGGAAUGAGAGCAUGGCGCACACGCUGCAGGCCAAGCUACAGGAGCCUGAGGGGGAUGAGAAUAAGAGGGGCCCCCGUCCACAAGACCUCAUUCGCCUCUAUGACAUCAUCCUGCAGAGUCUGGCCGAACUCUCCUCACUACAGGGCCUGGAGGAUGACCACGCCUUCCAAAAAGAGGUUUCCCUCAAGACACUGGCAUACAAAGCCUACAGGUGCUUUUACAUUGCCCAGUCUUAUGUUCUGGUGAAGAAGUGGAGCGAGGCUCUGGUGCUCUAUGAGAGGGUGCUCAAGUAUGCCAAGGAGGUGCAGUCUAAGGCCAAGAGCAUGAACAACAGCUUGAAGGAUCUCCCUGAUGUUCAGGAGCUCAUUGCUAAAGUCAAUGCAGAAAAAUACUCUCUUCAAGCGUCCGCUAUUUUAGACACUGGCGAGAUUGUUGACGUUCCUGCGCCACAGCCUGUCAAAGACAACACGCCUCUGUGCGACCGCUUGGAGACGUUCCGCCUCGACCCGUCCCUGGUGGGGAAGCAUCCCAACCUGGUGCACUUCCCGCCUGACUUCCAGCCCAUCCCAUGCAAGCCUCUCUUCUUUGACCUCGCUCUCAACCACGUGGCCUUCCCGCCCCUGGACGGCAAGGUGGAGCAGAAGGUCAAGGGCGGCCUGACCGGCUACAUCAAGGGCAUCUUUGGAUUUGGCAGCUAAAACACAAAGAAGUAGGGCAAGUGGAGGAAAACAAAAAUGCCCCCGGAGUCACAUGUUAGAAUCAUCUUUCUUUGAAUGAUUACUUUCAAUGCCUCCGAAUGAAACAAGCUGAAACAAGUUUUCAAUAUCAUGAAAUCUACCUGCCAUCUUUUUAAUGACUUGUCAUGGUUUGACCGGUUAACCAUGUCUUAAUAUUUAUAGCCAAGUUGUAGUCCCCAGAGCCUUCAAUUUUUCUUUUCUUUUUUUUUUUUUUCUUCUUCCUCUGAAAGGCUACUGACACAUUUCAUGAAACAACUGUAAAAACGUGUCAGCUCAAACGCACCAUUUGUUUUGUUUGCCUUGUCCCUUUUCCU